CUGCGAUUGUUCCAGAAGAAAGAGACAGCGAUGGCGGCAGAACCUUCGAAGGCUGCGUCUGCCCGGUCUUCCUACCAGUGGAUGGGGAGGAAGAGUCAGCCCUGGGGGGCCGCUGAAAUCCCGUGCACCAGGUGUGGAAGGAGGGUGUCCAGAGCAUCCGGUCACCAUUAUGAACUUCAGUGUGGACAUGCUUUAUGUGAACUGUGCUUGUUAAUAACUGAAGAAUGCACUACAAUUACAUGCCCUGAUUGUGAGGUUGCUACAGCUGUGAAUACUAGACAAGGCUACUACCUAAUGGCUGGAUGUUUUAAAGAAGACCCUGUAAUGGCAAAACUGCAGCCUAAGACGAUAAAGAAUUGUUCUCAGGACUUUAAGAAGACUGCUGAUCAGCUAACUACUGGUUUAGAACAUUCAGCAUCCACACACAGGACUGUUUUGAACUCAUCAGCUGUAAUGUUGGACACUAACACUGCAGAAGAAAUUGAUGAAGCAUUGAAGACAGCACACCACAAUUUUGAACAAUUAAGUAUUGCUGGAAAAAUACUUGAACACAUGCAGAAGCAAACAAGAGAGGAGACAGAAAGUGUUAUAGAAGUUGUGGAGAAACAGUUUGACCAACUUACGGCUCUUUUUGAUUCCAGGAAAAAGAACCUAUGUGAAGAAUUUGCAAGAACGGCUGAUGCUUAUCUAUCAAAUUUAAUAAAGACUAAAAGCUGCAUUGAAGAGAAAAGAAAUAAUUUGAAUGCAGCUAUGAACAUAGCAAGAGCAUUGCAAUUAUCACCUUCUCUAAGAACAUAUUGUGACCUGAAUCAGAUUAUCCGGACUUUGAAAUUAACAUCAGAUUGUGAAUUAGCACAAGUUAGUUCUCUAAAACAAAGGAACCCUCCCAGGUUGAAUGUGAAUUGCAGUGAGAUUAUCUAUAUGUUCAAAAAUAUGGGAAAGAUUGAAUUUGAGGACUCAACAAAAUGUCAUCCCCAAGAAAAUGAAAUUAGUCAGAAUGUUCAGAAGAAAUACAAUAACAAGAAGGGGCUUUCUUGUUAUGAUACAUACCCACCAGUAGAAAAGAAGAAGAUUGACAUGUCUGUCCUAACCAAUGAAGCACCACUACCUCCUUUGCAACCUGAGACAAAUAAUGUACAUUUAGAAGCAAAAAACUUGCAGCCACAGAAAGACAUUGCUGCAACAGCAUCCCCUAAAACCAUUGCUCUGUUACCUCAAAUGGGAUCUAGCCCUGAUGUGAUAAUUGAAGAAAUUAUUGAAGACAACAUAGAAAGUUCUGCAGAGCUAGUUUUUGUAAGCCAUGUAAUAGAUCCUUGCCAUUUCUACAUUCGGAAGUAUUCACAAAUAAAAGACGCAAAAGUACUGGAGAAGAAGGUGAAUGAAUUUUGCAACAGGAGUUCACACCUUGAUCCUUCUGACAUUUUGGAACUAGGUGCAAGAAUAUUUGUCAACAGUAUUAAAAAUGGAGUGUGGUGUCGAGGAACUAUCACAGAAUUAAUUCCAAUAGAGAGUAAAAAUAUUAGAAAACCUUGUAGUCCAACCAAAUUCUUUGUCCAUGAAGUUGCACUAAUACAAAUAUUCAUGGUAGAUUUUGGAAAUUCUGAAGUCCUGAUUGUCACAGGAGUUGUUGAUACCCAUUUGAUACCGGAACAUUCUGCUGACCAACAUACUGCGGUAAAUGAUUUAUGUCUGUUUCUAAGGAAAUCUGAACCAUAUAUUGAAGGGCUGCUAAAAGACAUCCAGCCGUUAGCACAACCAUGCUCAUUGAAAGACAUUGUUCCACAGAAUUCAAAUGAAGGCUGGGAACAGGAGGCUAAAGUGGAAUUUUUGAAAAUGGUAAAUAACAAGUCUGUUUUAAUGAAAGUUUUUAGAGAAGAAGAUGGUGUGCUUAUUGUAGAUCUGCAGAAACCACCAACAAAUAAAAUAAGCAGUGAUAUGCCUGUGUCUCUUAGAGAUGCACUAGUUUUUAUGGAACUAGCAAAGUUUAAGUCACAAUCACUAAGAAGUCAUUUUGAAAAAGAUACUACUUUACACUAUCAUCCACCUAUUUUGCCUAAAGAAAUGACAGAUGUUUCAGCAACGGUUUGUUAUAUAAAUAGUCCUGGAGAUUUCUAUCUUCAUUUGCUAGAGGCCGUGGAUUUUUUACCUCUAUUGAAGACAAUCGAGGAUUUCUAUAAAAAUGAAGAUGGAGAAAAUCUGGAAAUCCUCUGUCCAGUUCAAGAUCAAGCCUGUGUAGCUAAAUUUGAAGAUGGAAUUUGGUACCGAGCAAAAGUUAUCGGAUUGCCUGGACAUCGGGAAGUUGAAGUUAAAUAUGUGGACUUCGGUAAUACUGCAAAAAUAACAAUUAAAGACAUCCGUAAAAUAAAAGAUGAGUUUCUGAAUCCCCCAGAAAAGGCAAUUAAAUGUAAGCUGGCCUAUAUUGAACCAUAUAAAAGGGCAAUGCAGUGGUCCAAAGAAGCUAAAGAAAAAUUUGAACAAAAGGCUCAAGAUAAAUUUAUGAUAUGUUCAGUUAUCAAAAUUCUGGAAGAUAAUGUGCUCUUAGUUGAGCUUUUUGAGUCUCCUGGUCCUCCUGAAAUUACUAGUAUUAAUGACCAGCUAGUCAAAGAGGGCCUGGCAUCUUAUGAAAUAGGAUAUAUCCUCAAAGAUAAUUCUCAAAAGCAUAUUGAAAUUUGGGAUCCUUCUCCAGAAGAAAUUAUUUCAAAUGAAGUAAACAAGUUAAAUCCUGUGUCUGCAAAAUCUCUACCUAAUGAGAAUUUCCAGUCACUUUAUAAUAAGGAAUUGCCUGUGCAUAUUUGUAAUGUAGUAUCUCCUGAGAAGAUUUAUGUUCAGUGGUUGUUAACUGAAAACUUACUUAAUAGUUUAGAAGAAAAGAUGAUAUCUGCUUAUGAAAACUCAAAAUGGGAACCUGUUAAAUGGGAAAAUGAUAUGCACUGUGCUGUUAAGAUCCAAGAUAAAAAUCAGUGGCGAAGAGGUCAGAUCAUCAGAAUGGUUACAGACACAUUGGUAGAGGUUUUGCUGUAUGACGUGGGUGUUGAACUAGUAGUGAAUGUUGACUGUUUAAGAAAACUUCAAGAGAAUCUAAAGACAAUGGGAAGACUCUCUUUGGAAUGUUCUCUGGUUGACAUAAGACCAGCUGGUGGGAGUGACAAGUGGACAGCAACAGCUUGUGACUGUCUUUCAUUGUACCUGACUGGAGCUGUAGCAACUAUAAUCUUACAGGAGAACAACACAACUUGGCCAUUACCUGUGAAAAUUUUCUGCAGAGAUGAAAAAGGAGAGCGUGUUGAUGUUUCUAAAUAUUUGAUUAAAAAGGGUUUGGCUUUGAGAGAAAGGAGAAUUAACAAAUUAGAUAACAGCCAUUCAUUAUCUGAGAAGUCUCUGAAAGUCCCCCUGGAACAAGAAGAUUCAGUAGAUAUUAACUGUAUUAAAACUAACUUUGACCCUGACAAAAAGGCUGCUGACAUAAUCAGUGAACACCAAGUGUCUGAACUUCAGGAGAAAAUUCUAGAACCAAGAACCACUAGAUGCUAUAAACCACCAACUAUUCCUAACAUGAAAGUAUUUGAGGCAACAGUCAGCUGUGUUGCUGAUGAUGGAACUAUAUUUGUAUUACCUAAACCAUCAGAAUUUGAGUUAAUAAAAAUGACAAAUGAAAUUCAAAGUAAUUUAAAAUGCCUUGGUCUUUUGGAGCCUUAUUUCUGGAAAAAAGGAGAAGCAUGUGCAGUAAGAGGAUCUGAUACUCUGUGGUAUCGAGGAAAGGUGAUGGAGGUUGUAGGUGGCAUGGUCAGAGUACAAUAUUUAGAUCAUGGAUUCACUGAAAAGAUUCCACAGUGCCAUCUUUACCCUAUUUUGCUGUAUCCUGAUAUACCCCAGUUUUGUAUUCCUUGUCAGCUCCAUAAUACCACACCUGUUGGGAAUGUCUGGCAACCAGAUGCAAUAGAAGUCCUUCAACAACUGCUUUCAAAGAGAGAGGUGGAAAUUCACAUUAUGGAAUUACCUAGAAAUCCAUGGGAGAAAUUGUCUAUUCAUCUCUAUUUUGAUGGAAUGUCACUUUCUUAUUUUAUGGCAUAUUAUAAAUAUUGUACUUCUGAACAUACUGAGGAGAUGGUGAAAGAAAAACCAAGAUCAGAUUAUGAUAAAAAGUAUGAAGAGGAACAAUGGGAAAUAAGGUUUGAAGAAUUGCUUUUGUCUGAAACAGAGACUCCUCUUUUACCACCGUAUUUGUCUUCAUCUCUGCCUCCCCCAGGAGAACUCUGUGCUGUUCAAGUUAAGCACGUUGUCUCACCUAAUGAAGUGUAUAUUUGCCUUGAUUCAGUAGAAACUUGUAAUCAAUCUAACCAGCAUAGUGACACAGAUGAUAGUGGAGUCAGCGGGGAAUCAGAAUCCGAAAGCCUUGAUGAAGCACUGCAGAGGGUUAAUACGAAAGUAGAGACGCUUCCUCCUCUGACAGAUUUUAGAACAGAAAUGCCUUGUCUUGCAGAAUAUGAUGAUGGCUUAUGGUAUAGAGCGAAGAUUGUUUCCAUAAAAGAAUUUAAUCCUUUAUCUAUCCUGGCACAAUUUGUUGAUUAUGGAUCAACUGCAAAGCUGACAUUAAACAGACUGUGCCAAAUUCCUUCUCAUCUUAUGCGGUAUCCAGCUCGAGCCAUAAAGGUUUUCUUGGCAGGGUUUAAACCUCCCUUAAGGGAUCUAAGGGAGACAAGAAUACCAUAUUGUCCCAAAUGGAGCAUGGAGGCACUAUGGGCCAUGAUAGACUGUCUUCAAGGAAAGCAGCUUUAUGCUGCAUCCAUGGCUCCAGCACCAGAACAAAUAGUGACGUUAUAUGACGAUGAGCAGCAUCCAGUUCAUAUGCCAUUAAUAGAAAUGGGGCUUGCAGAUAAAGAUGAACAAGUGCAUAAGUGUAUACAGUGAAGAUAAUCUGUAGAAGCCUAGAAGAAAGUUUUCUGUUAUAUUUAGACCCGAAAUGGUUUUCCUAAUUUGUUCUGCAGUAGUGCUUUAACUCUUCUAAUUUUUACAUAUAGGAAUUGUGUGGGUAAAAAAAGUUAAUAAAUGUUUGCUUCCCAACA